CCCCCAGCCCCCUCCCAAGCCUUUGUUAGCCAUGCCUAGCCUGGUAGUCCCAGGGAUAAUGGAAAGGAACGGGGGUUUCGGCGAUUUAGGCUGUUUCGGUGGGAGCGGCAAAGACAGAGCGCUGCUUGAGGAUGACCGGGCGCUGCAGCUCGCCCUGGACCAGCUCUGCCUGCUGGGGCUAGGCGAGCCUUCCUCCUCCUCCUCCUCCUCGGCCGUGGUGCUGGUGGAGGACAGCAACAACAACAACAAUAACCCGCCGCCGCCGCCGCCGCAGCAGCCCCCGCCGCCGCCGCCGCCGCCGCAGCAGCCGCCGCCGCCGCCGCCGCCGCCGCCCCCGGCGGCCCCGAAGGGCUCGGCGGCGCCCAGCGCCGGGGCGGCGGAGCCCAAGUUGUGCGCGCUCUACAAGGAGGCCGAGCUGCGACUCAAGAGCAGCUCCAACACCACCGAGUGCGUCCCGGUGCCCAGCUCCGAGCACGUGGCCGAGAUCGUGGGACGGCAAGGCUGCAAGAUCAAAGCGCUGCGGGCCAAGACCAAUACCUACAUCAAGACCCCAGUGCGGGGCGAGGAGCCGGUCUUCAUGGUGACGGGGCGGCGGGAGGACGUGGCCAUGGCCCGGCGGGAGAUCAUCUCGGCGGCCGAGCACUUCUCCAUGAUCAGGGCCUCCCGCAACAAGGCGGGCACCACCUUCGGCAGCGCGCCCACCCUGCCGGGGCAGGUCACCAUCCGGGUGCGCGUGCCCUACCGCGUGGUGGGGCUGGUGGUGGGCCCCAAGGGAGCCACCAUCAAGAGGAUCCAGCAGCAGACCAACACCUACAUCAUCACGCCGAGCCGAGACCGGGACCCCGUCUUCGAGAUCACUGGGGCACCGGGCAACGUGGAGCGUGCCCGGGAGGAGAUCGAGACACACAUUGCGGUGAGGACAGGCAAGAUCCUGGAGUAUAACAACGAGAAUGACUUCCUCUCCAGCAGCCCUGACUCUGGCAUGGAGAACCGCUACUCAGAGGCUUGGCGGGUCCACACGCCGGCGCCGGGCUGCAAACCUCUCUCCACCUUCCGGCAGAACAGCCUGGGCUGCAUCGGCGACUGCUCUGUUGACCCCGUCUACGAGACCCCGCGGCUGAACGACCAAAACGACUUCAAUUACGGUUACCUCUUCCCCAAUUACGGUGUGAACAAGCAGGAUCUGUACUACGGCGUGCCGGAGUCAGGGGCCCCGAUGUGGGCAGGGCAGGAGAACACCAACCCCGUCUCGGUGCUCUUCUCGAAGCAGCAGCGCUCCAGCAGCACGGGCACCAUCCAUCCCAACUCCCACCGCUCCCCGUCCUCCUCCAUCCCAGAGCCCAGCCUCUCCGGGCUGCCCAGGCGGUCGCAGGGGGAGCCUCUCCAGGGCUUCUCCAAGCUGGGGACGCCGGCCGCUGCCCGGACGUCGGUGGGCAGCAGCCGUGAGUGCAUGGUGUGCUUCGAGAGCGAGGUCACGGCCGCGCUGGUGCCCUGCGGCCACAACCUGUUCUGCAUGGAGUGCGCCGUGAGGAUCUGCGAGAGGACUGAUCCCGAGUGCCCUGUGUGCCACGCGGCAGCCACUCAGGCCAUUAGAAUAUUUUCCUAAAGAGACAGAACAGGGCAUUAGGGGGGUGGGGCUAGGAAGGGAGAGUGGGGGGGAUCCAUGAGAGAAAAAAUGAUGAUGAUAAUAAUAAUUAAUAAUAAUAAUAAUAAUGACAUCUGAAGAACAAAAAAAAAGAAUGAAAGAAUAAAUUAAUUUAAAGAAGAAGAAGAAGAAGAAAAGAAAUUAUUUUACAAGCAAUGUAUGUUAUUUUUUACAAAAAAAAAUAAGUGAAUAAUAAAAUUAAAAUGAAUAGCAAAGCCAGAAAUUUUGAAGGGUGAACAAUGCUCCAGCCUGCAAUGUCUUUUGCAAACCAAGUACUCAGAACGCACACUCGGAUCUCGCAAGUAAAGUGGUUUAGUUCAGUUCUUUUUGGUGGUGAGAUUGGGACUUCUUGGCAACAACCAAGCCAGGCCACCUGGAUCGACUGGAGAGGGAGCAGGGAUGCAGGGAGGGCCCUGCCAGCCUUUCUCCAGCCACCUUCAACCUCUGUCUUGGCCUGAAGCCCCCUCUCUCCUCCCCCCAGGGUUGUUGGCCCAACUGGGAGCUCAGAAAGGAACAACAGAAAGAAAGGAAAACGGAUGACAGGGAUUUAGAAGAACAAGAAAGAAACCAUCAACCUCUGGGAACCUGUUAGAACGAGGGCACAACUGUAUUACCUCAAAGAUUUAAACAAAAAAAAUCACAGCUAAAGAACUUUUAUUGUUUUCCUUUUUUUCUAAAAAAAAAAAAAGAAAAAACCACAAAAACAAGAAAAAACCACAAAAAAAAAAAAGAAAA